AUGAGAAGGCAGUACGGAGCGGCCAUCAUUGGUCCUUCCCAAAAGAAGACAAAUCCCAGCCCUGGCGAGAGCUCGCGUAAAAAUGUCCAGAAUAUUUCAUCUCCAUUCAGACAUCUACCUGAAAUUCUAGAACAGGUCAACGAGACGUUACGGAAGGUGGACAUCAACUUUUCUCAUCCUCAUCAAGUGGGUGUGACGUACAAGGUGGCAAGAGGGAAUCUCGUGCCUCGACAUGGCAGAGUUAGAGCAGACGACACUACAAGCAGAUCAAGUGCAAUAACAAAGGGGGGAAAGCUUGAAGACGAAGAGUCGGGCCCGAGGCUAUCGAAAUUUAAGUGUCUACCGGAUGCCAGUGCUAAAAACGGCGUAAAGGAAAAUCAUAAUUUCAAUGAACUGCAGAGGAUUGCGAAAGAUUGGGAAACAGGUCUGCUGUCAAACAAGGCUGCUACGAAUGACUUUGAUUGGGAAACAGGUCUGCUGUCAAACAAGGCUGCUACGACAGACUUUCAAACUGAACCCAAGAACGGCAAUCUUAUCGAUGGUUCUAAACGAAUUAGACGACGUGACCCGGCUGUUAAAGAAAUGAGUGUAAACGAACCAACACCAUGUAAAAGUAGUCGACCACCGGACACCAAGAAAUGUAAAACCGUACCCAAAACGGACGAGAAAGAAACGAAUGCCAACCGGAAGGUGGCGGGUAAAAUACCAGCGGACCUUCUCGGGCUUUGCACGAGACGGAGGCUCAAGCCGUGCGCAGACGUUACCAAAAAGAUG